GGAAAGGCAGCGCAGCGGAGCCGGGAGCCAGAUCCUGCUCGAACCCAACCCCCGCGGGCUGGCGCCGCGGGCAUGUCGGAGGCGCGGAAAGGGCCGGACGAGGCGGAUGAGAGCCGGUACGACUCGGGUAUCGAGUCUCUGCGCUCUCUGCGCUCCCUGCCCGAGCCCACCCCGACCCCCGCUUCCGGGCCCUCCGACGGCGGCGGCCCCCAGCCCUGGACCCACCCCCAGGGAAGCGCCCAGGAGCCACAGGAGAAGGAGGACGCGGAUGGGGAGCGGGCUGACUCCACCUAUGGCUCCUCUUCGCUCACUGGACCCCUGCCCUUGCUGGGGAGCUCCGAGGCCGAAGACCCUGCCCCAGGCUCGCCGCUUCUCUCCGCGGGGACACUGAGCCCUCAGCAGCUGGAAGCACUCACGUACAUAUCUGAAGAAGGAGACACGCUGGUGCACCUGGCAGUGAUUCACGAGGCCCCGGCUGUGCUGCUCUGUUGCCUGGCUUUGCUGCCUCAGGAGGUGCUGGACAUUCAGAACAACUUGUACCAGACAGCACUCCACCUGGCUGUACAUCUGGACCAGCCAGGUGCAGUUCAGGCUUUGGUGUUGAAGGGGGCCAGCAGGGUACUACAGGACCUGCAUGGUGACACAGCCCUGCACAUGGCCUGCCAGCGCCAGCACCUGGCCUGUGCCCGCUGCCUAUUGGAGGGACGGCCGGAGCCAGGCAGAGGACCAGCUCACCCCCUGGACCUCCAGCUGCAAAACUGGCAAGGUCUGGCAUGUCUCCACAUUGCCACCCUACAGAGGAACCGGCCAUUGAUGGAACUGCUGCUUCAGAAUGGAGCUGACAUUGAUGUACAGGAGGGCACCAGUGGGAAGACUGCACUGCACCUGGCUGUGGAAACCCAAGAACGGAGCCUGGUGCAGUUUCUGCUCCAGGCCGGUGCCCGAGUGGAUGCCCGCAUGCUCAAUGGAUGCACCCCCCUGCACCUCGCAGCUGGCCGGGGCCUCAGCAGCAUCUCGUACACCUUGUGUGAGGCAGGAGCGGACUCCCUACUUCGGAAUGUGGAGGAUGAGACACCCCAAGACCUGGCUGAGGAUCCCUUUGCUCUUUUGCCCUUCGAUGACCUGAAGAUCUCAGGGAAGCCACUGCUGUGUGCUGACUGA